GUUGUUUUAAAAGGUAUUUUGAAAUUACAUGGGAUAUUCUUGGCCAAACCACAGCCUGUCCCAGAAGACAGCAAUGACCCAAGAUGGAAGUGGUUUAAGGGUUGCUUAGGAGCAUUGGAUGGCACAUACAUUAAUAUUGUAGUGCCAAACGUAGACAAGCCGAGGUAUAGGUCAAGAAAGGGUACCAUUUGUACGAAUACACUAGCCGUAUGUGACAGAAAUAUGAAGUUUGUUUACAUAUUAACUGGUUGGGAGGGAUCAGCUGCUGACUCUCGGGUUUUAAGAGAUGCUGUCAACCGAGUGCACGGACUCAAAGUUCCAAGAGGAAAUUACUAUUUAUGUGAUAACGGUUACGCGAAUAGCGAAGGGUUUUUGUCUCCAUACAAAGGUGUUAGGUAUCACCUUAAGGAGUGGGGUCCUGAAUCUGUGAGACCUCAAAACGCCAAGGAAAUGUUCAAUAUGAGGCACACUAAAGCUAGAAAUGUGAUUGAGCGUGCAUUCGGACUCAUGAAGAUGCGAUGGGCGAUACUUCGGAGUGCGUCGUAUUAUCCUGUCCAUGUUCAUAAUAGGCUGGUUAUGUGUUGUUUUCUACUACACAAUUUCAUUCGUUCAGAAAUGGUGCAUGAUCCACUUGAAGCGCUGGUUGAUAGACAGCCUGGUGCAGAUGCCUAUGAAGAGCAUGGAGACGAAGAUGAUGGUUUUGUUGAUGCUAUUCAAACGUCUCCCCAGUGGAAUCGCGCUAGAGAUGCAAUCGUUGAAGCAAUGUGGAAUGAGACUUGA